AUCCCGACAUGAACCAUAACGUACAGCAUCAGCAACACACGCGGACGUCUAACACACAGAAACAACCACGUUACAUGAUUUCCGGAAUCAAAGAUAUAAUUGAUUAAUAUGUGCAUAUUGUUUUGCAAUUCUCAGAAUUAAGAAACUGCAUUUAGUACUUAAUCAGACUACCUUGUAAUCCAAGCAAGAGAAAUGGAUUUCCAGCUUGCGAUACUUUGCUUGAUUGCUAUCGGCCUUGUACUUGUCAGUGUGGUGGAACCCCGUCCCAGGAAGUUCAAAAGGCGUGGUCGAUGUCAGCCAAAGAUGUUGGCGGAAUAUAAUUUGACGUUUUAUGGAGACUGGUCCCCCAAGACCUUCCCUCGCCUCUACCCCCGUGUUCGACCCCCCGCACAGUGGUCAAAACUCGUCGGUCGUUCCCAUGACAGCACGUACAAGUUGUGGUCACUGGGCCAGAACGCUAGUGACGCGGUUAAGGCGUUUGCAGAGGAUGCGGAUUCUUCAAUGCUGGAUCAGGACGCGCAGGCGUACAGGGGCAUCUUCGACUCGUUCACUGCUGCUCCGAUAGAGAGUGGGAUGGGCCGAUCCGCAGUCCGCUUUCUGGCAGACGGUCAGCACACCAAGAUGUCUUUCCUUGUGAAAAUCGUGCCCAGUCCCGACUGGUUCGUUGGAGUUGCCUCCCUUGAUCUCUGUCAUAAUGGUCGUUGGAGAAAACAAAUUAACGUGGACCUUGCGCCGCUUGACGCAGGAACUGACCAGGGAUUUACGUUCACAUCACCGAACUGGCCAAACAUGCCGGCUGACCCUAUCAGCCAGAUAACCAACAAAAAACCAAGUCAUCCAGCCAGCUCCUUCUUUUACCCGGAACAGGAAACACUUCCGAGAAUAGGUCAUAUUGUCAUCAAGGAAGUUGCGGAAUACAGACGACGGGGACGGAAGCUGGAUACAUCGCCUACAGGGCCGAACGUUGUGAUAUUUGAUCCGGAAGAGGAUGAAGAUGAUUCGUAUAGUUUGAAUAUUGGUGGUCUAACUGCAGUAUCUGGAUCUACAGGCACCGGAAAUGACGUAGUGAACAAUGGUAAACCUCAAGAUUGUACAGUAACGGAGUGGAGCGAAUGGUCACCAUGCUCAAAGACAUGUGGUUUCGGAAUUCAAACGCGAUCACGUGACGUCAUUCUGUCUCCCGUGAAUGGAGGAUACGGAUGUCCAAGGCUAACAGACCAAAACACAUGUGGAAGCAUGCGGAAAUGUAAAUGGGGACAUUUUGACUAUCUAUUCAAAAGAUCCGGUUAAUUGGAGAAGCGUCAUCUAGACCCGAGUUAUUGUUUGUUAAUUUAUCUUAUUAUCAUUGUUAAGUUUCAAUAGCGAUUUGAUAUGAAAAUUUACAAUUUUUAUUUUUAUACUUGAUGUAUAGUGUAUAGUAAUACAUAGCUGUUAUUUGUCGUGUUGUCAGAUAUGAUCUUUUUCUCCUGUGGAUUGAGAAAUAAAAUAAACUAUCCAAUCAGA